CGUUGCGUUGGCGCGAGCGAGGCGUGCUGGCGGAUCUUCGGAUUCCCCGUAACCCAGCAAUGGCCACCCGUCGAAAGGCUGCCGGUUCACUUGGAGGGUGACGAGACUGUCAUGUUUGAAGAAGGCGAGGAGGAGAUUGCAGUCGACGUCGGUGCAGGUCGCACGAAGUUGACGGCGUGGAUGGAGCUUCACAAGGAGCUUCAACGCCCUGGGUGCAAUCGUCUUCCGCUCUAUGCUGACGUCACCGAAACCCACACGUGGCACAAGACUGAGAAGCGGUGGAAAUUGCGCCUUUCGGUUGGGAGAAGUGGCGCCUUUCCCAAGAUCGGCUGCCUGCAGCGUGCGUACCCGGCUAAGGGGGACCUCUUCUACUUGCGCAUCCUCCUCGGGCAUGAACAUUCUCGUGGCGCGACGUCUUUCGCUGCAUUGAGAACGGUGGAGCACGGGGAGUUGGCCACGUUCCGAGAAGUUUGCCAGCGCCUCCACCUUCUUGAUGACGACUCGGAGUACGGCAAGGAUAUGGAAACGGCGGCUCUUCAUUACAUGCCGCACCAGAUCAGGCAAUGUUUCGCCAUGCUGCUUGCGUACGGGGCUGUGUCUGACCCCAUGGCGCUGUUUUCUAAGCACUGGCAGCCCAUGUGUGAGGACUACGUGAGGAAGCUGAUGGGCAUGAGUGUUGCGCCGGGGAUUCUGCAAGCGUUGGCGGUGUUGGACAUUCACAUUCAGCUGCUGGACAUGAAAACCACUAUGGGAGGUGUUGGUUUGGCGUUCCCCGACCCGGAAGCGCAGCGCGUUGCUGAGGAGCUGCGCGCUCGGAUUCUCCUUGAGGGCUUGCUCGAACUGAUCCGAGAGGAGCUCAGGUACGACAGGGCGGAUAUGGAGAGGCAGUGGGGAGCAAACUACCCUUUGCUUCGCCCUUCACAAAAAAAGCUGGUUGAUGGCGUUAUGUCCGUUGUGCUGAACAGGAGUCCGCUGUGCGUUUUUGGGGAUGCUCCCGCCGGAACGGGCAAGACGUUUUGCAUUAACACCAUACUUGCUGGCGUGCAUCGGCAUGAAAACAGGAUCGCUUUGGCGGUCGUGUCCAGCGGAAUAGCGUCACUUCUGCUUCCCGGCGGACGAACGUUCCACUCGCGGUUUCAGGCGCCUCUUCAGUCAGAUGCUAAGAAAGCUUUUCCUAUUCGAAGACAGGGGGAACUUGCGCGCCUGAUAAGAAUGUGCAGCCUUAUAGUUUGGGACGAGGCGCCGAUGACGCACCGCGCGCAGUUGGAAGCUCUCAACGUCACCUUGCAGGAUAUCUGUCAAACGGACGAGCCCUUCGGUGGCAAGGUGCUUCUGCUGGCGGGUGACUUUAGGCAGGUUUUGCCGGUGGUGAGAAGAGGCACUCGGGCAGAGCAAAUCCAUAAAAUUGUUGCCGUUGUGGGCGCACUUCAAAACGCACAGGCUACACGAGAACAUGAGGGUUUUGCGGCGUGGCGAUGAUGAGGUCGCAAGAAAGUUCGCUGCUUUCCUGCUGCGUGUCGGUGACGGGGAGCACGACGUCCUGGACCCUGCGGAUCCCGAGAC